CUGCUAGUUAUUUCCAUAUAUCUUGUUCUUAAGAACUUUAAAAAUGCAAUUUCAUCAGCUUACUCUCCAUUAUUACUUUAUAGUGGCCCUAACCUUAUUGUGGGUUGCUGCUUGGGGUUCACUGAAAUAUGAUGUUGAAGGCGUUGUUCCAGCUGGUACCAUCAUCGUUGAUAAGUCGGGACAUGGGAAUUUCUCCACAUUGCAGCAAGCCAUCGAUUCCAUACCACACAAUAACAACAACUGGAUUCGUAUUCACGUUAAUGCUGGCAUCUACAACGAAAAAGUUUUAAUCCCUCAAGACAAGCAAUUCAUUUUUGUUGAAGGAGAGGGCCGCGAUACAACCGUGGUUGAAUGGGGAGAAGCUGGAGAUGUUGUGAAAAGCACUACAUUUACCAUUUUAGCUGAUAAUUUCAUGGCUCGGGGUAUAACUUUCAAGAAUACAUAUGACGAAGUUAUAGCACGAGACCAAGGGAGAACAAUAACAUGGGCACCAGCAGCUCUAGUAGCUGCAGACAAAGUGAGUUUCCAGGGAUGUGGGUUCGUGAGCCUGCAAGACACCUUGACUGAUGCCAGAGGCCGUCACUACUUCGAUUCCUGCUACAUCGAAGGUGCAAUAGACUUCAUAUGGAGCAAUGGCCAGUCCUUUUUCAAGGCGUGCUCUAUAAAUGUAACAACGGCUCGUCUACCUGGAGGAGAAACGGGGUUUAUUACAGCUCAAGGCCGAGAAAGCGCAAGCGAAACCAGCGGCUUUGUAUUCCAUUCCAGCAGUGUGAUCGGAACAGGGCCUGCAUUGCUGGGAAGAGCUUACCGAAACUACUCCACGGUGGUGUUUUACAAGACAAACUUCGACAAUAUCAUCGCCCCGGAAGGGUGGGAUGCAUGGUUUAAUACCGGACAUGAAGAGUUGUUAACGUACUCGGAGGAGGAAUGCUAUGGAGCUGGAGCAGACAUAUCUAAGCGUGUAAAAUGGGAGAAGAAGCUAACAGGGCAGGAUUUGAAUAAAUUCAUAGAUGUCAAUUCUUUCAUAAACCAAGAUGGAUGGUUGGAAAACCAACCUGCUUGAGCUAAGCUAUGCCUGCUUUUAGUCCCGUGAAAAUAAUAAUGGAGAUAUCAAUAUCAUCAUCAAUAUCAUCAAUAUCUAGUUGACUUGUAUUCAAAGUACCCACCUUUCUCAUUUCCAUAUAUGAUUGUUUUCAGUUAUAUAUUCAUGUGCUUUAUCCAAUAUUAUAUUCGCGUUGUGACUG